AUGGACGAACUUGGGCUGAAAGACGAGCCGAUGGUGGUCGUCAGCAGUCGAACGCACCUCGUCAAGACUGAAGUUGUGGUCAAGCGCUCUGUGCUCUGCAACAUCCUCAUGUGUGACUUGCAUACUAUCCUACGCUGGACAUCGUACGCAUCCACAUUCGCAACCUUCAACUCAGGUGCACUCGUGGAUGCCGUUCCCCUUGGCAAGAAGAGAGGGAGAGAGUGA